UGGACCACGCCCGAGGAGAAGGCCUGGCUCGAGCGGCGCAUCCCCGACUUCAUCGAGGCGCAGGAAAAGAACGACCCUAAGUCGUUCUUCCUCGCCUGCCACUGCGAGUGGUUCCAUCGCUUUGAGCUGGAGCCGCCAACGGCUCAGGAAGUCGCUAAGCAGGGAGGAAACGUGGACAAGGCCACCUCUGUCAAGAAGAGGCGGCAAAAGAAGCGCGUCUCGGAAUGGUUUUAUAACCAUACGCGCUCCGCGACGUCGCACAGAGUGCUCAACCUCGCCAAGCGGAAGACGGGGUUUCUUCAUCCUUACCAAGCCUACAUGUCCCUC